CCCGGAGGUGGAAAGGAAGCCCUUCGAGUGCUCGGCGCUGCCCUCCGGCUGGAAGCGGGAGGAAGUGAUUUGAAAGUCGGGUCUGUCGGCGGGCAAGAGCGACGAGUAUUACUACAGGUUGCCAGUACAUCACGCACCAUUCCCUGGCCAAAAGGAGAGACAGGUGAUCUGCUACCAGGCCUCUGCCAACGUAGCUCUUGAGCUGUCCACUAGGAGCCCAAGUGGAAAGAAGUUCAGAAGCAAGCCGCAGCUUGCACAGUAUCUGGGGAAUUCAAUGGACCUGAGCAGCUUCGACUUCCGAACAGGAAAAAUGCUCAUCAGCAAAUUGAAUAAAAACCGACAGAGGCUGCGCUUCGACUCUGCCAACCAGGGCAAGCCAGACCUGAACACUUCGCUCCCUGUUAGGCAGACAGCUUCAAUCUUUAAGCAGCCAGUUACUAAAGUUACCAACCAUCCCAACAACAAAGUAAAAAUGGAUCCGCAGAAAGCUGUUGAGCAGCCACGGCAGUUAUUCUGGGAGAAGAAACUUACUGGAUUGAAUGCCUUUGAUAUUGUGGAAGAACUAAUUAAGACUAUGGAUCUACCUAAAGGUUUACAUGGAGUAGGGCCUGGAUGCAUUGAUGAAACCUUGUUGUCUGCUAUUGCAAGCGCUUUGCACACUAGUUCAAAUCCUAUCACUGGCCAACUCUCAGCAGCAGUAGAAAAGAAUCCUGGUGUAUGGCUAAAUACCUCUCAACCUCUCUGCAAAGCUUUCAUGGUCACUGAUGAGGACAUUAGAAAGCAAGAAGAACUCGUACAACAGGUGUGGAAGAAGUUGGAGGAGGCACUGAUGGCUGAUAUGCUGGCACAUGCUGAAGAAUCUUGGAAAGAAUUGGAUAUAGUACAAGAUAAAGAGGAUGACGUAUAGCCAAGGUUGUUAAAUGAAUCCAGUGUUUUUCAGGGAAGUGUGGACAAAGAGAGAUGAAAACAUUUGAAAAAAUGAGAAUCAAUGAAUAGUUGAAUCAUUUUGGAAUCUCCACAUUCAAGCUGGUUUAUAUGUUUGAAGAACCAUUUUUCCAGUUUGUAAAGUGCUUUUUGUCAGAUGGAAACGGUCAUUUGUGAUGGGCAUGUAGACCAUUGCCAGUAAUCAUUUUUA